GAAAGUAUUCUAAAAAUAUACAUUUGCAAACUUCCUAAACAAGAAGAUCCAGCAUCCACUCAGUGGGGGCUGUCUGAACCCCCAAGUCAAUUAAGGAUAGGUUCCUUGAUCAGAAGGGAUCUAAGGAUCGAUUAAGGCGCGUAUGUGAGCCCUCCAGAGAUCAGGGUAAAUCGCGCUACUUUUGCAACCUCUGUGCAGACCCAACACAAUGAAUUCCAAUGUUGAAAACCUUCCUCCACAUGUGAUCCGGCUGGUCUACAAGGAAGUCUCCACUCUAACAUCAGAUCCACCCGAGGGCAUCAAGGUGUUCCCCAACGAGGAGGACAUUACAGAUGUGCAGGUCACCAUUGAAGGACCUGAAGGUACUCCUUACUCUGGUGGCCUCUUCCGCAUGAAGUUGAUUCUUGGCAAAGACUUCCCUGCCAGUCCACCAAAAGGCUAUUUCCUGACCAAAAUCUUCCACCCCAAUGUGGGUGCCAAUGGGGAGAUCUGUGUCAACGUCCUCAAGAAAGACUGGAAAGCAGAACUGGGCAUCCGACAUGUCCUGCUGACCAUCAAGUGUUUGCUGAUCCAUCCCAACCCGGAAUCUGCCCUGAAUGAGGAGGCAGGGCGCCUCCUGCUGGAGAACUAUGAGGAGUAUGCUUCCCGAGCUCGGCUCCUAACCGAGAUUCAUGCCCAACCCUCCUCUGGCUUGCAUACCAAGAACCCUGCUGAGCCUUGCUCGUCUUCGGCAGGUGCCUCUGGGGAGGGUCCCAUGGCCAAGAAACACGCAGGUGACAGAGACAAGAAACUGGCUUCCAAGAAGAAGACUGACAAGAAGCGAGCUCUUCGGCGGCUUUAGGGGAUUUAGCGGGGGAGGGGGGUUUGAGGGUCCGAAACAGGUGGGUUGUGGGCAUUGGGGGUUCCAUAGUACAUUUUCAAUCUCUCCUCUCUUUUCCUCUGCCACUUUCACUUUGAGACUGCACUCCAACUCUGUCUUGCCCUGGUCGGAUUUUUCUUCUUUUCAGUCUUUAAGUUAUUUAAAUUAUAAAAGCAGAAAAAUCUAUUAAAUGCCUUUGUUUUCUAAGGAAGGCUCUUAAUGUACGGUUGUGCCAUCAUAUGAUGCGGGGUGGGGACCAUGUCGAGGGUACCUGGUUCCUCUCCUUAAAAUGAAGGCCCUGAAGCCCAAAAGGGCAGAACUCAGUUGAGGUGGGAAGAGGUACCUUUUGCUUUUUGGAAGAAGAUUGAAAAGGCUGCUGUUUUCAUUUUAAGGGGAGAAAACAUCAAGGAGGGAAAUGGAUAUGGUUUAUACAACUAUACAAGGGAAGGGUAUGAUGACUUUUUAGUUUUCAUUUUAUAAAAUCGUUUCAUACAAGAUAAGGAAAAUGUUUCUUCACCUAAUACCUGAAUCAGAAGUUUGUUGUUAUGAUUUUCAGACAUAGACUUGAGGGCAAGUAUAUUUAUAGAGGGGAGAAUUGUGUGUCUUAGUGACACAGUUCAAAAUGGGACUCUUAAGUUUAGGGGUUGUGUAGAUCUUCUAGAAUGUUCAGGUAAGGGGAAGCUGGAUUGGCUGUUUGGGGAACAUCUGUUUGGUUAUAUGGCAGCUUGCUGGAACUGAGCGAUCUCCGUUUCUUGAAGGGUAAAUUCAUGUAUUUAAAACAUGGGUCUCUUAAGCAAAGAAAAUGGUCCUCUGGGUCAUUUUAGUGUAGGUGAUUUUAUGAUAGCCCUCGGAGGGGCUUCCUGAGAAAUGGCUGCCAGAAUUUCACACUUAAACAUUAACUUCCAAUGAUUAAGCUAAUUUGAGAACUUGCUGGCCACAGAGGUGCAGUUUCUGUGCCAGAGGUUCAGGACAAGAUGAGCAGAUAGGCCUAUAAAACAAUUGAUGUUCCUAUUUGUCCCAUUCAAUCAGCACUGAACAACAUCAGGUAAUGUAUUCUGCUUAGGAAUCUAAUAUUUAUUGCACUUAGUUUAUUUGUACAGUAUUUCUAUGUCCAUUCAGUACUCAACAAUUCAGACCCUUCGUCAUUGCCUACAAGUGCCAUCACAGAGCGACUCAAAAUCUGCUUGCCCUUGUCUUUAUCGUUUUAUUACCUAGUUUUAUUGAUGCUUAAACUUUUAUAUGAAUAUUUUGUGGAAUUUUUCCAAAGCAGCAAGUCCAUCAAAGAUUUUUUAACCUAUUACUUUUCUGAAAUAAAUAUCCCAUAUAAAUGGAAACAAAUCAAUAAAA